GAGGGUGAUGGCGGUACUCGAUGCUAUGUGGAAGGAGACGAAGUCAAGGUUGUGGUUGUAAAGAUUAAAGAUGGAAGAAUUGCAGAUUGGAAGGGUCAGGUCAGAGAUUGGGCUCUCGGAGAGCCAGACAGAGCAUGUACGGUGAACGGAUCA